AAAUGGUGAAUGUAAAGGUGAUGAACAUAAACGUGAAGGCGAUGAGUAUAAAAGUCAUGAACAUGAAAGUGAUAAAUGUAAAGAUAGCAGGCAUGAAGAUGGUGGUGAAUAUAAAGGUAGUAAAUAUAAAGGUAGUAAAUAUGAAGAUAGUAGAUAUGAAGGUUGUGUACAAGAAAGUAGCGAA